AUGGCUCUGGCGCGAAGCCGGCUCCUAAAGGAGCUUAAGGAAUCUAGUCGAAUGGAUGACCCAAAUAUGCGAUUAAUGUUGGUUGGAUCAAACGUGCAUCAUUGGUAUGCAUACAUAAAGGGACCAUGUAAGAGUCCUUAUGAGGUGAGAGAUGCAUACCUGGUGAUUAGUAAUACUGUACAGAAGGGCAUUUUUAAGUUGAACAUACUUUGCCCGCCAAACUAUCCGAUCAACCCUCCAGUGGUCUCAUUUGUGACGAAGUGUUUUCAUCCCAACAUAAACUUCGAAACGGGGGAACUGUGCAUGGACGUCCUAAAAUCCAAUUGGAGCCCAGCGUGGACUUUGCAGUACCUAUGCCGCGGCGUCUCAUAUAUCUUGGACGACCCCAAUGCUGAUAGUCCUUUGAAUUGUGAUGCUGGGAACCUGAUCAGGUCCGGCGACAUAGUGGGCUUCAGAAGCAUGGCCGAGAUGUACACGUUGGAACACGCCCUUAAAAGCUUCCCAUAA